UCGGUCCAAGCCAAGCUUGUUUCCGUAAGUUUGGAUGCCUACCCCUCAAAUUCACUAGUCACUCGACUCACUACUGACACUCGUCUACUUCCGAGUUCACCGGAAGUAGUUCACCGAGUCAUAAUUCAUUUCACAGAGAAGAGAAAUGCAAAUUCUCCUCAUUGAAUUGGAUUAGUAUAACUUAUCUGGAAAAAGGAAAAGGAGCAAAAAUAAAAUGGCGGCGUUGGAAAGCGUUGGGGGAUUGGCGUUGGAAAGCGUUGGGGGAUUAGCGAUGCACGUAAUCCUCUCCAAACUGGCACCAAACGACGCCGCAUCAGUGGCGUGCGUGAGCCGACGGUUUCGGACAUGGGCUUCCGACGACGAUUCCCUUUGGUCCAAAUUUUGUUCCGAUGACUUUCAGCUCAAUUCGCCACUUGACCCCGUCGGCAACCCCACUGCUACCUUCAAGGAAGCUUAUGGAACAUGGCGUGAUGCUUUUCAUAUGUAUCCAUGGCCCCUGGUGAUGCGGGUUAAAAGAUGUUGGGACAGACUUAAAAACUGGUUUGCUGCAAAUUUCCCAGAAAUAUUGGCUACCUUACGUAGAGGUGCAUCAGAGGAGGAAAUAAAUGCUUUGGAGUUGAGUUUGAAAGUAAAACUGCCUCUUCCUACCAGGGUUCUUUAUCGUUUCUGUGAUGGCCAAGACUUAAAAGCUGAUAAUUUAACUGGUCGUGUGCCUCAGAGUUUGUUGGGUCUUAUUGGAGGCUACUCAUUUUAUGACCACCAGGUCAAUGUGUUUCUGUUGCCAUUGGAACAGAUAGUUGAGGAAACAAAGGAUUAUAUACAACAGCUUGGAUUAUUAAACGGCAGACCCAAAUAUAUUGUUGUUGCAGCUUCUUGCACUUACAGGGAGAAGACUUUCUUCCUAAACUGUCGAAGUGGCCAACUUCAUGUGGGUACACGGAAUCUCUUAACAGAUGGGGCAAUGAUUCCUUGUGUACCAGGAUCAUUGAUAAGUUUACUAAAUGACAGAAAAGGUAGUCAGGUGCAAGAUGCUCUUUUAUUGUGGCUGGAAGAACAUUGCCGACGCUUGGAAAGUGGCAUUAUUAAAGUACGUCAAGAUGGUGAACUCAGAGGCAUCAACCUUUUUCCAGAAUUACCUCCUCUUUGUUGCACUGCUAUAACAAAUGGUGUAAAGGUUCGAGCUUCUGCUGUAUUUGUGCCCGAGGGCAGUAACCUUGAGGAUGAAGAUGAAAAAUAUUUGUUUGCUUAUUCUGUCCGUAUGUCUCUUUCACCUGAGGGAUGCAUCAUCAGUGGUAUGAACUUUGGCUCUUGCCAACUCUAUUGGAGACACUGGGUCAUCUGUAUUGGUGAUGCUGUCGUAGACAAUGUAAAUGGUGAAGCUGUUAUUGGAAAGUUUCCGCUUCUACGUCCAGGAGAGGAAGAAUUCAUUUAUGAGAGCUGCACAUUUUUAUCAAGUUUGCCAGGUUCUAUUGAAGGCUGUUUCACCUUUGUUCCCGGAAGAUUGGCAGAUCCAAGUAGUAGCCCUUUUGAAGCACAGGUAGCAAGGUUCCCAUUGCUGCUGCCAGACUAUAUUUUCUGAUGGAACUGCUUCUAGUUUCAUCUUGAAAAUUGUUGUACUGGUUUCAUGUAUUUGCUUUUUCCAGGUGGUGUUUUUGUAUUUAAUAUGCCUUGUAAAAAAUUGCUAGUUGCUGCUGCUUGGAAUUUUGUGUAUGUAGAGGUAUAUAUGGUUCUUCAACUGAGUAAUUACUAUAUGCGCUUAGUUCAAGAUUAUACCUUUUGAACUUAUCAACUGUUUGAGAAACUGUGU